UUGUCAAUAAAACGAGGGCGCUUUUGCCUGUGGGUCAGGAGUCUUGCAUCUUGGACUGUUUGCUUUAAUUUAACCCUGAAAUGUAGCUGCCAUCCAGCUUUAAAAUCGAAGUUCACAGUGAAGGAAGACGAAUUUUUCUCGACGACGCCCAGUUUAGUUGGUUAUGCGGAAGAUGAGUGGGAGUCUCCAGCUGACGAGCGAGCCAUUAGAAACCGCUGGCUUCCGGACGCCCGUCAAGUGUCAUGUCGCAUAGAACGGCAAUCUUAG